CACACUCCAGUCACGUGACCGGGCUCUUCCGACCAAAACACUGCGGAGUCGAAAGUUGUCAACAAAUUGUUCCAGACAGUGUGGGAGCCUGGCAACUUUCUCAGCGUGCACCGUGCAGUAUCUGACUCUACACAGAAACAUCGCUCUCCUGUCCGGUAGACAGGCCGUCUCAAUGCAUCACAGAGGACCGACCACACCGAGGCCAUCAUGGAUGCGUACGAUUUAUUUAGCAGCUGCAGAAAGGGCGACAUUUGUAGGGUCAGAUACCUUGUUGAGCAAAGAGAUGUGGACCUCAAUGUAAGAGAUAAAUGGGACAGCACCCCUCUGUAUUAUGCCUGUCUGUGUGGUCACGAGGAGCUGGUCCAGUACCUGUUGGCUAGUGGUGCCAAGUGUGAGGCCAACACGUUUGACGGUGAAAGAUGUGUGUACGGCUCCCUCAACGACUCCAUUCGACGCUUGCUGAAAGAUUAUAAGUGUGUCAGUGUCAUUGCCAUGCAGAGGAAUGACUUUGACUACUUCCUGCACAUGUUGUUAGAGCAAGGUCAGCACAGUGAUGUCAAGUUCCUGGUUCAUGGACAGACAUUUCCGGCCCACCGAUGUGUUCUCAGCGCACGCUCUGAGUAUUUCACUGAAAUGUUUGAGACGAAAUGGAAAGGAAAGAGCCUCAUCACUCUUAAACACCCCUUGUGUCCAACAAGCCAGGAACCUGUGUGAAGGUUCUCAGCCUGGAGCCUCACACGUGUCAGCUCCAGGAGGAGAUGGCUCAGUUGGCAGACUGCGCCCUGCCCACCGAACUACGAGUUGGAUUUGGCGAGCUCCCCUUUAACAGAGUCGACCACUUUCCAACUUACCCCGACAUCUGCUUCAGAGUGGAGGGUUAUGAUUUCUUGUGCCAUAAGGCCUUUUUCUGUGGACGCAGUGAUUAUUUUAAAGCCUUACUGGAGGACCACUUCAGUGAGGGACAGCAGCUGCAGUCUCAGCCCAGCACCCCUGUCAUUACGUUACACAACAUCUCCCAUGAAGUCUUCAUCCAUGUUAUGUACUACAUCUACACUGACGAGACGGAGCUGACGAUGGAGAAUGUGUUCGACGUGCUGUGCUUGGCUGACAUGUACCUGCUGCCGGGGCUGAAGCGCCUCUGCGGGAAGACGCUCGCGAAGACCAUAUGUGAGGAAAACGUCCUGCACAUGUGGAAGACGGCCAAGCUUUUCCGUCUCUCCCGGCUGGAGGAUCAGUGCACAGAGUUCAUGGCUAAGAUCAUUGAGCGGCUGGUGGAGCAGGCCGAGUUUGCCGAGAUCAUAAAGGAGGACGCCGCGUCGCUUGAGGAGCGACAGGAGACGGACUCGGUCCCGCUGGUGGACGACAUCCGCUACCACAUCGCCAGCAACGUGCAGACGUACAGCGAGAUCGAGGAGGCCAAUCAGAAACUAGCAGCCCUGGAGGAGCUGCUGACGAGCGUCAAUAUUGACUGCUGAGGUGGGGGAGGGAGGGAAUAUCAAGCAUCUGAAGUGAGAUGAAAAAAAAAAAAACACAUACCCCUGUAUGUUUCUUAUGUUUAUUUUAUUUACAGUGUAUCUCAGAUGUGAUGUUACUGGUGUACAUUCAGAGAUAGCAGCUUGUGUUAAAGCUUCUUAAAGACGAACACUUCGAACAUUGCAAAAAGGAUUUAGGUGUUCUAAAAGUGAAAGACAGGUUGUGAAAAAUUGUAUCUCAUACUCGCAAAUGAUUAUCCUUGCAUUUCACCUGCAUGAAUUUAGUAUACUUUGGUUGUGGAUACUAGAAUUAAAGGGAUAGUUCCGAUUUAUUGAAGUGAGGUUACAUUCAGCGGGUUUCAGGUGCAGCAGACAGCAGUCAGGGUGGUCUCUGAAGAAAUGGAGAAAUGGAGAAAUUCUCGUUAUAGAUUAUAGCCAAAAGUUUUAGAAUUAAGACUGAAUAUUCAAUAUCUAAAACAACAGCAGAACUUUAAGUGAUCGUUUUAUUAUAACUUUUUAUGUCAGUACUUUUGCAUCAGACGCUUUUUUUUAUUUUUGUUGUUGGAACAUAUUCUCUGUUAAACACCAAUUUCAAAAUGAAUCUUGUAAAAUAGAAGUAAUGUGGUGUAAGAAAUCUAAAAUCUGCUCUUAAACAGGGCCUCCUCUGAUUAUUUUCCAAAUUGAAAUGACCCGGAAUGCGGUCUGCUGCAGGUAAGACACUGACUACUUGUGCACACGAUCUCACUUUAAAGCAUCAGAACUGCCUCUGUCUGGUUCUUCCACUGUUAUAAAUGAAAUUUUCUCUAGACUAUUCCUCGUGUGGACAUUUUUAUUUUAAUGUUUUUUAAAAAAGUGAAAGAGCCCAUCUGAGACGCUAAAGUAUCCGAAGUUUCUGAUCCCUUUGCUUCUUUCAGAAAAUAUUCUGUUUGUUUUCUUUUACAGAUGUUACCAAAAUGUAUUUUUUUGUAUUUAGAUGUAUUUUGCAGGACUUUUUCCACAUUAAUAUUUGAACAGAUGUUCCUGCUGUGGUCACAUUUACACCUAAGCCCCUGUAAAUCAUGCACUUUGCUUUAACUUCACACGACAGAGGAUUCUCCUACAAACUUUGUUUGCUGUUAUGAAAAACAGAAAAUAAUUUGCACUUCAUAUUACCAAUUAAAUGUGGUAUUGCAAGCACAAA